GAAAUGUAGUUUUGUUUUUAAACUGGUCAAACCUCCCGUCAGUAGGGGGGCGGUAACGCUCUUAUGAGCUGGUUUACAAACCGACAACAAAAAUUCAGAGAAGAAGAAGAAGAAGAAGGAGGCAGAGAAGAAGAAGAAGGAGAAGGGGUCCUCCGUUACCGUGGAGACCGCUGUCAUCAGGGGGGCACACAAGCUGACGUUGCCAUGGCGAACAGCACGGAGCUCCACGCUCCAGACCAGAGCUCUUCUCCGGAGGAGGAAGAGGCGGCGGCGAAGAAACCGGCUGGCCGCCGGCCCCGCCGGCGAGCUGCCGUCACGCUGGGGAGGCGCAGCCAGAGAGGCAAGAAGCGUGGCCCCCCCGUCGACAAGCGGCGGGGGGGCCCGGGCGAGAAGCGGCGCGGUCAGAAGGAGAAGCGGCGCGGUCAGGAGGAGAAGAAGGAGGGCGUGACGGUGAAGAGGAUGUGGAGCGGCGGCAAGCGGCAGUACUGCGUGUUCUGUCGGCGGCCACAGGUGAAGAUCGCCCGUCACCUGCUGCGGAAGCACACGGACGAAGCGGAGGUGACGGCCGCCAGCACGCUGCCAACGGGCUCUAAACAACGCCACCUGCUGCUGGAGCACCUGCGCUGCCGGGGCAACUACCUGCACAACAUCGAGGUGAUCCGACAGGGCAGCGGGGAGAUCGUCCCAUGUCGCCAGCCCUCGGAGGAGGUUGAUGCGAGGAACUACCUGCCGUGUCCGCUCUGCCUCGGCUUCUUCCUCCGCUCGGAUCUGUGGAAACAUCAGGCGUCCUGUCGCAAGAAGCUGGCGUCUGACUCCUCCAAGAACGCCGCCUUAACAGCAGAGACCACCUCGGAGCCCGUAAAGGACACCACCUCCGACUCCUCCAGUAAUCCCUUCUGUGAUCGGACAGACGGUGAGACCCCCGGCUCCGCGGAGGACACGCCACCACCGGACCCCCCAGGAGACACAAUUGCAGCGGAACAGAGCGGGACCUCUGAGACUGUGUCCAAACGGCCAAUUACCGCUGAACCCAGUGGGGAUCAGAAUGCAGCCUCUGACUCCGGCACAGACCAGCCAAGGAAGCGCAGUAGGGUCCAAGCAGCAGCGUCCCGCCUCCUUCCGAUUUCCGGCGGUGCGUCGGAGAGCUGCAGCGAAGUCCUGCACCGCAUGAACCAGGACCACAUCUCACAUCAGGUCAAAUCUGAUUGGUUAAUCUGCAAAUAUGGAAAUAAGUUGAUGGGGAACCAAGACGGCAGCCAGAAGAGGUACGACUACGUCAGUCAGAAACUGAGGGAGCUCGGGAGGUUCCUCCUGGCAGCCAAAUCUCUGGACUCUGAUGUCCACACGCUGCUCGAUGUCCUGGCCCCGGGCCGCCUCAGCCUGGCGCUGGCCGCCGCUAGGAAGGCGUCCGGGUACCGGUGGAGUCGCCCUCCGCUGGCGGUGAAGACAACACUGAAGACGGUUUGUGAGAUUGCCAUCGGGGAGAGUUUGCAGGACGGAGACUGGGAGGCGGCAGCCAAAACCACCGACUUCUACCACAUGCUGGGAAGAGAGUGGGACAACCUUGGGCUGCUGAACCCCGACCCUGACACAGUCGCUCCUGAAGGCGGAGCAAAGACAAAGAAGCGACUGGUCCAAUCACGGAACGAAAAGAAGUUGUGUCAAGAGGCAGACGCAAGUCCAGAGGUUCCAUCAAACAGCAGUAACAGACCUGUGAGCUCCAUGGUUCCACCAGAGUCCAGGCUGCAGGCUCCAGGUACAGUCCCCGUUGCUCCCAGGAAGGUCCGGCGCCGCCCGUGGUCGUCUGCGGAGAAGGAGGCCAUCUGGAGACAGCUGGGGGUCCACGUGCUGGUGCAGACCGUGCCGGGGAAGGAGGUCUGUCAGCGCUGUCUGGACCUGGAGCCGGUCCUCAGGGGGCGACACUGGAAAGACAUAAAGAACCAGGUCCACAACCAAAUCCAGAGCCAGAAGAAGCAGCAGUUCCAUGCCCAGAUGGACCUUCAGGAGAACCAGGAACAACCGAACCAGGAACAACCUGACCCAGUCCAAAACCAGAAGAAGCAGCACCAGCAGCACUACCAGGCCCAACUAGACCAACAAGGAAAGGACCACACCGAGAACCAGAAGAAACAGCAGUACCAUGGCCAGAUGAAUCAACAUGGCCAGGACAACAUUCAGAAUCAGAAGAAACCGGAGUACCACAUCCAGAUGGACCACCAGGACCAGGGCAACAUUCAGAAUCAGAAGAAACAGCAUUAUAAUGUUCAGAUGGACCACCAGGACCAGGACAACAUUCAGAAUCAGAAGAAACAGCAUUAUCAUGUUCAGAUGGACCACCAGGACCACCUCCAAAUUCACAAAAAGCAACUGUGCCAUGCCAGACUAGACCACCAGGACCACAUUCAGGUCCACAAGAAGCAGCUCUACCAGAUGGACCAGCAGAGCCAGGGACUGCAGUCCACACUGGACCGGGACACGUCUCUACUGACGGGCACGACAUACGGGCCCGAUGGGGCUCAUCGAGCCCCGGGACUCUCGCUUGUGGAGCGCGACCUCGUCAUCAGUCCAUAUCCACUUCCGCACAGAGCCCCGGGGCCUCACAUGGACCAGCUGCUGUCCAGGACAGAGUGGACCGAUGAGGCUCUGGCCCAGAACUACCCAGUCAGCAGGCAGCUGGCCAGGAACCUGCUCCAGGAUCCGCCCACAGGAGGACCCCCGCCCAAUCCACACUCUGGACAUGUCCACUUCUGAGGGACUGCCCCCCCCCCCCAUGAGAUGUAAUGCUUCCUUAUACUGAUCACCUGUCCCUAAACUUCUGGUACAAAAUAAAAUCGACCUUUUCCAUCACAGGAACGUAACAACCUGUAGCUUUCUGUUAACUUAACUUCGCUGAGGUUUAAGGUCACCACAUUCCAAUCACGUUUCUCACAUCCAGUCCGAGUUCUUUAAUACCGCGUGCGUCUGCUAACUCCAAAUCCAAUUUGAUACCGAAACGUGGAUUUUAAAAAUGACGUGAAGAAGAGAUGUGGGUCCAUCUCUGUCGAAGUUGCCGGAAAUGACAGACACUCUGACUGUACAGUGGUGUUAACAGUUGUUGCUUCACUUACUCGUAAACAACGUGAGGUCGAGUACCGACACACAAACAAACCAAUUAACCAUAUUAAAUUUUCACUUGUUGUUGAA